AUGGCGAUUGAAAAUCUCUUUGGCAGCUCUCUCGGAGAUGAUUAUGACUGUGGGCACGCUGCCGAGCUUCAAGUGCAUCACAUCGCCAUAUCUCUUGGAGAGUUUGUGAAGGUUUAUGGUGGAGAGGCGCCCGAAGAGAAUGUAGAUAUCGCGUUCAAGGCGAUCGGUGGAGGCGUAUCACUCCUGUCGCCUGGCGCGAAGGCUAGUUCUGAUUAUCAUCCAGCGCGGGCGCUUUCAGUGUCCAAUCGCUUCGGCUUGACGUUCUUCGCCAAGCCAGCAGUCUCGAUUGUGGAGCUUUCAAAGGACGAGCUCACGCUUGCUGUGUGUGCCGGCUUCGCUGUUCGAUUCUACGGAGUCCUUUCUUUGGCGCUCAAGACCGACACUAGACCGUUCGAGAUCCGCGACAUCGGCAACGAUGCUUUGAUCAAGGAUUUUCAGUGGUGUAGUUUAGACCAAGACAAAAACAAAUACCUUGUCUUGACUUCCACAGGAAAGCUUCUCGUCGGAAAAAUCGGAGAAGAGCCUACAUCCAUGAAGGAAAAUGUUUCUGCUGCUUGUUGGAGUCAGUUUGGCAAGCAGAUCAUGUAUGCUACAAGCAUGAAGUUAACGAUUGCGUCAUCUGAUUUUGCCAAGAGUUUUAUCAUAAAUUUCCCAGUAGAAUUUCCUGGGUGCGAGGAAGGACUGGAAACUCAUGUUGAUGCUUUACGCUGGAUUUCGCCACAAAACAUAGUAAUUAGCUACGUCCAGUCGGAGGACGAUGAAGAAAUUGCCUGUCCGCUGCUUGUGCUUUCAGCGUCUGGUAGGCAACAACUAGUUGAGGCGUGCACGGAGUGUUCUGCUUUAGCGGUUACUCGAAGAUUUCCUGCGAUUGAAGCUAGUAUUAUUCCACCCAUGAACAGUCCGUAUAUGCUUGUGCAGAAUCUAGAACCAUGGAAAAUCGUGUUCACAACUUGUAGAAGGUCCAUCGACGCACAUGUUGGCCUUCUAGGCUGGCGGUCCGAAGGUGUUUGCAGUCUUGAUUUGUCAGAUGAUUUGUGGAGAGCUGACAUCCCCAUGUUUGAUUCUUCGAGUGACAAUGCCUUAACUGGGCUGGCGAUAGAUCAAACAUCAUUGUUAAAACAGCCUGAUCCAAGAAAUCCAUAAAAACUUCUUCC